UGGGCGGCUGCUUCCGGUCUGGUAAAGCUCUGUUUCAGGAUCGCUGCGUGGUUUGUGUCAUGCGGUGAUAGGCCUCAGAGAUCUAGGCGGGAGGUGAGGAGCCAAGAAUCCGUGUCCGGACUCCAGAGACUGGAUUCUAGCAGAAAGACAGGACAAAAGGGAUCCGGGAACCUGAGACGACCUAUCCGCUGUUUCCGAGGGGGCGACUUCCACGAGGAACCUCCCCCCCCCUUCCCUGGUAACGGCCAGAAAGGAGGAGAUGGCGCCAGUCAGGGAGCGGCUGUGGCCGAGACAGUGAGGAAUCGUGAGAGGCGGAGCAGCAGGGAAGCCUCGGAGUCGUCGCUGUCACCGCCGCCGCCACCACCAUGGAAGGAGCCAAGCCAACAUUGCAGCUCGUGUACCAGGCAGUGCAGGCUCUUUACCACGACCCAGAUCCCAGCGGAAAGGAGCGCGCCUCGUUUUGGCUUGGGGAGCUGCAACGUUCGGUUCAUGCCUGGGAGAUUUCUGAUCAAUUGUUACAGAUCCGACAGGAUGUGGAAUCAUGCUAUUUUGCUGCCCAGACCAUGAAAAUGAAGAUUCAGACUUCGUUUUAUGAGCUACCCACAGACUCUCAUGCUUCAUUAAGGGACUCAUUGCUAACUCAUAUUCAGAACUUGAAAGAUUUGUCACCUGUCAUUGUAACACAGCUGGCUUUAGCAAUAGCAGACCUUGCCCUACAGAUGCCUUCUUGGAAGGGAUGCGUACAAACAUUGGUAGAAAAAUAUAGCAAUGAUGUAACUUCUUUGCCCUUUUUGCUGGAGAUCCUUACAGUGUUACCUGAAGAGGUACACAGUCGUUCCUUGCGAAUUGGAGCCAAUAGGCGCACAGAAAUUAUAGAAGACUUGGCCUUCUAUUCUAGUACAGUGGUAUCUUUAUUGAUGACAUGUGUAGAAAAAGCAGGAACUGAUGAGAAGAUGCUUAUGAAGGUUUUCCGCUGUUUGGGAAGCUGGUUUAACUUGGGAGUUUUGGACAGUAACUUCAUGGCUAAUAAUAAGUUAUUAGCGCUGCUUUUUGAGGUUUUGCAGCAGGAUAAAACCUCAUCUAACCUCCAUGAAGCUGCUUCAGACUGUGUAUGCUCAGCUCUCUAUGCUAUUGAAAAUGUGGAGACUAACUUGCCGUUGGCCAUGCAGCUUUUUCAGGGGGUCCUGACAUUGGAGACUGCUUAUCAUAUGGCUGUGGCACGAGAAGAUUUAGACAAAGUUCUGAAUUACUGCCGUAUCUUCACUGAACUAUGUGAAACUUUCCUGGAAAAAAUUGUUUGUACUCCAGGCCAAGGUCUGGGAGAUCUUCGAACUUUGGAACUGCUUCUUAUUUGUGCAGGCCACCCUCAGUAUGAGGUAGUAGAAAUUUCCUUUAACUUUUGGUACCGACUAGGAGAACAUUUGUAUAAAACCAAUGAUGAAGUCAUUCACAGCAUAUUCAAAGCAUACAUUCAGAGGCUGCUUCAUGCCUUGGCUCGACACUGCCAGUUGGAACCAGACCAUGAGGGAGUUCCUGAAGAGACUGAUGACUUUGGGGAGUUUCGAAUGAGAGUGUCAGACCUGGUGAAGGACCUGAUUUUCUUGAUUGGAUCUAUGGAAUGUUUUGCCCAGUUGUAUUCUACUCUGAAAGAAGGCAACCCACCCUGGGAGGUGACAGAAGCGGUUCUCUUUAUCAUGGCUGCUAUAGCAAAGAGUGUUGAUCCGGAGAACAAUCCUACACUUGUGGAGGUACUAGAGGGAGUUGUCCGUCUCCCAGAGACUGUCCAUAUGGCUGUGCGGUACACCAGCAUCGAGCUGGUUGGUGAAAUGAGUGAAGUGGUUGACCGGAAUCCACAGUUCCUGGACCCUGUAUUGGGCUAUUUGAUGAAAGGCCUGUGUGAAAAGCCUCUGGCUUCUGCUGCAGCCAAAGCCAUUCAUAACAUUUGUUCAGUUUGUCGGGAUCAUAUGGCUCAGCACUUUAAUGGACUCCUAGAAAUUGCCCACUCCCUUGAUUCUUUCAUGUUGUCUCCCGAAGCUGCUGUGGGUUUGCUAAAAGGAACAGCUCUUGUCCUAGCAAGACUCCCUUUGGAUAAGAUUACUGAAUGUCUUAGUGAGCUAUGUUCUGUUCAGGUUAUGGCAUUGAAAAAGCUGUUGUCUCAGGAGCCCAGCAAUGGCAUAUCUUCAGAUCCCACUGUGUUCUUAGAUCGCCUGGCGGUAAUAUUUAGGCACACCAAUCCCAUUGUAGAAAAUGGACAGACUCAUCCGUGCCAAAAAGUCAUACAGGAAAUAUGGCCAGUUUUGUCUGAGACUCUAAAUAAACACCGAGCUGACAAUCGGAUUGUAGAACGUUGUUGCAGAUGCCUGCGCUUCGCUGUUCGUUGUGUAGGCAAAGGGUCUGCAGCCCUUCUACAGCCACUCGUCACACAGAUGGUGAAUGUGUACCGUGUACAUCAGCACUCCUGUUUCCUGUACCUUGGCAGUAUCCUUGUGGAUGAGUACGGCAUGGAAGAAGGCUGUCGGCAGGGAUUAUUAGACAUGCUCCAGGCACUGUGCAUUCCCACUUUUCAGCUCCUAGAACAGCAGAAUGGCCUCCAAAAUCACCCCGACACUGUAGAUGACCUAUUCAGGUUAGCCACACGAUUUAUUCAGCGUAGCCCUGUCACCUUACUGAGAAGCCAAGUAGUCAUCCCCAUCUUACAGUGGGCCAUUGCGUCUACCACCUUGGACCACCGAGAUGCCAACUGCAGUGUCAUGAGGUUCCUACGAGACCUCAUCCACACAGGAGUAGCAAAUGAUCAUGAAGAGGAUUUUGAAUUGCGUAAGGAACUGAUUGGACAGGUGAUGAACCAGCUUGGACAGCAGCUUGUAAGCCAGCUGCUCCACACAUGCUGCUUCUGUCUGCCACCUUACACCUUACCAGAUGUGGCUGAGGUGCUCUGGGAGAUCAUGCAGGUUGACAGACCGACCUUCUGUCGGUGGCUAGAGAAUUCCUUGAAAGGUUUGCCAAAGGAGACAACUGUGGGAGCUGUCACAGUGACACAUAAACAACUCACAGAUUUCCACAAGCAAGUCACUAGUGCCGAGGAAUGUAAGCAAGUUUGCUGGGCCUUGCGAGACUUCACCAGGUUGUUUCGGUAGCUCAAGCUCACAUUCCUGCACUGUGCCUGUCGUCCAGGAAUGUCUUUUUUUAUUAGAAGACAGGAAGAAAACAACCCAGACUGUGUCCCACAAUCAGAAACCUCCGUUGUGGCAGAGGGACCUUCACUGCCGCCAGACAGGGAGAAGCUUCAACCUCCCGAGGCAUCCUGAGGAGUUCCUGUUUGGGGUGUGAGGGAGAAACAGCACGGUUUUAAAGGUGGCCGCAGCCUGUCCGGCGUGGUGGGAGGGGAACUAGUUUCCUGGUGAACUUCUUUCUAAAAGGAAAAAUAAUUCAAGGAAAUUUAAAAAAAGAAGAAGAAGAAGAAACCCUGGAAGCUGGGAUGAAAGCAGAACUGUACCGUUCACCUGGUAGCAGAUGACGCACACGAUAGACAACACCAGCAUGCAGUGCACACACAGAAACAUAACAGUGAGAACUUUCUGUGAGUCAAGUGAGAAACAUGGCUACACUUGGAGUUAAAGAGCCGUUCAUGUCUCCUCUGUUGUCCUGCCUUUAAACAUGCACACCCCAGCCGUUCCAGACAAGGAGCCUGUUCUGCUUUCUGUCACCAUCAGGGACGAAAGUCAGAACUAGCCAGGGCCAAAGUUGCUAUUCCUGUAGAGCCCAACCCUGCUGUUGAGUUGCUGAGUCCACUCCAGUUCACAUGCUAAGUCAUCAACCUUGGGGAGAAAAACCAAAAUUGAGGUGGGUGGAAGGGAUAUAAAUGUGUGUUAAAUAUUUCUUUUUCUUAGUGAAUUAUUCAUCCAGACAUAGGAGGGGCAAGAACAAAAAAGGCUAUAGAGAAAAUGUAUUUACAAGACUACUUGUAUUUUGCUUAAAAAGUGAAAAUUAAUUGACCUCUUGGGACAUGAGGCUGAAAUGGGAAACCCAGAACAGACCUUAAUGAGGGAGUGUGGUCUUGUGUUGCCAUUAGAUUACAGGGGCACUGUUCUGUCCUGUGGUGUAACCAUCUCAAGAUGAAUCAACAGCACCAAAAAAAAAAAAAUAGAAAAAAAAAAGAAAAAAUAAAAACCCAAUUUUUAAAAUUUUACCGGUCUUGGUUUUU